AUGAAGGACGUCCUCAGCAACGCUAACUUUCCCCAAGAUGCGCAGGGACGUACUUACCACGUCGCAACGAAAGCCGGGCAGGUCGCGAACCGCAUCAUCACGGUCGGCGACCAGGUGCGCGCGCACCGCAUCGCCAAGGCCUUCGACGGCGGAGCGCCGCUUUUCAGCUUCAACUCGCAGCGCAACUUCCUCACGCUCACAGGCACGUUCAAAGGUGUGCCCAUCUCGGUGGUUGCUAUCGGCAUGGGGUUCUCGGUGGUUGAUUUCUUCGUGCGCGAAUGCCGCGCCGUCGUGCAGGGCGAGCUGAUCAUCGUCCGCCUGGGCUCCUGCGGCAGUAUGCAGCCCGAGUAUGGGAUCGGCACGGUGGUGGUGCCCAAAGCGUCGUUUGGAAUCUCGCGCAACUACGACUACUUCCACCACGACACCACCGCCGACGAGCGCAGGACAGGCGCGCUGGAGCCGUACCUCAUCACCAAACCGCUCGACGCCGACGCCGAGGUGCAUGACGCCCUCCUCGCCGCGCUGGAAAAAGACAAGCCGGCGAAGAGCGCGGAUCUGUUCGCGGGGGAGGAGGUUAGGGCCGUGGGCGAUACGGUCAACGCAUCGGCCGACAGCUUCUACGGCAGCCAAGGCCGCAUCGACCCGGCGUUUGUCGAUGCCAAUGCCAACUUGAUCGACGUGAUCAAGGAGAGGAGGCCCGGCGUCGCCACGCUCGAGAUGGAGACGUUUGUGCUGAACCACCUGGCGGCGGCGGCAAACGACGCCAUUGAUCUGGCGGAAAAGAGUGGGCACGAGCCUGUGCACAAGGGCAAGAUCCGUACCGGCGCUGUGCAGAUGAUCUUCGCCAACCGCAACACCUCGGCGUUCAUCACUCCCGAGGAAUGCGAGACGCUCGAACACUGGGCUGGCAAAUCCGUGCUCGAUGCCCUGGCCAGUAUCGACAUCCCUGCGGAGAGACUGCACCCAGACGGCAUCUGGAACACCGCCGCUUCUUCCUAG